AUGAUUGAUUCCAGGAUCUUCGUGUACCGUGCCUGCCUUCCUGAAGAUCACAAAUGUGGAUCUGGCCUGUGCAUUCCACCUACCAAAAAAUGUGAUGGUUACUUUGAUUGUCGGGAUGAGACAGAUGAAGCUGGCUGCAAUGGCACCUCCUGCCCUAAGGACAAGUUCCGCUGUAAUGACAAAUGUAUUGAAAAGAGUCAAAAAUGUGAUCACAGAAAUGACUGCGGCGAUAACUCGGACGAAAAAGACUGUGAUUUCCCUGCCUGUCAUGAGGAGCAGUUCCGGUGCGCCAACGCUCUGUGCAUCCCACGUCGCUGGCACUGUGAUGGUCACAGCGACUGUCCUGAUGGUUCUGAUGAACAAAACUGUACAGCUAUUGCUUGUCCAGACUCCAAAUUUUUGUGUGCCAAAGAAAAUCGUUGUAUUGAGAAGUCGAAGUUGUGCGACAGCCAGAGAGACUGUGAAGAUGGUUCUGACGAACGAACAGCGUGUUCGGCGGAGCUAUGUCCAAGUCUAGGGUGUGAGUAUGCUUGUCGGGCCUCUCUAGCUGGUGGAGAAUGUUACUGCCCACCAGGGAAGCAAGUCUCCAAUGAUACACGAACAUGCAUUGACAAGGAUGAGUGCAAGGAAUGGGGCCAUUGUGACCAGCAGUGUGUGAACACAGAUGGGUCUUUCAAGUGCCUGUGUACAAUAGGGUACAUGCUUCAUGACAACAAGCGCUGCUCUGCCAUUAAUGUUUCAGAUAAGCACAAGAUGGUUCUCUACUUUACACAUCACGACAAAGUUUUGAAGGUUCCCGAUAUGCUAGGAAAGGAACCUGAACUGGUAACAAAUGCUACCUCUGCGUGGGGUUUAGACUAUCAUUACAAGAAGGACCUUUUGUAUUGGUCUGAUACAGAAACAAGAAAGGUGUACUCUCAAAAACUGCGUGGUUCAAGCACCUCUACUGAAACCACACUUUCACUCCCUGGCUCUUUAACACCUGGUGCUCUUGCUGUUGAUUGGGUGGGAGAUAAGCUUUAUGUAGUAGACAUCUUGGGCCAGAAGAUUGAUGUGUUUGAACUUUCUGACCGAUACCAUGCCAUUGUUUUGUCAAACAAUAUUACUGAACCUCAAGAUAUUGGGCUUGAUCCAACGAAAGGCCUAAUGUUUGUAGUCGAUCAUGAUCGCAUUAUUCGUGCCAAUAUGGAUGGCACCAACCUGCAAGCCCUUGUGAAGGAUGUUAUCUACAAAGCAUCUGGUAUUGCUGUGGAUAUUAUUAGCAAACAUAUAUUUUGGUGUGAUUCUCUUCUGGAUUACAUUGAAACAGUUACUUACGAAGGAACUGGUCGAACUGCAAUUGUGAGAGGAUCUACAAACGUUCCAGCUCCAAACCGUCUGACAAUGUUCGAAAGUAAAAUUUACUGGACUGACAGCACUCGACAAGGUGUUAUUCGUAUAGACAAGUAUGAUGGGGCUUCUUCAAUUCAUCAAGUGUAUCGCAACCCAGGGAAGACUCAAGACCCCAAGGCUAUUAAAGCUGUCCAUGGAUUAAUGCAAACCCCAGUUGCAAAUCCCUGCUCAAGUAAUGGUGGAAGUACAAAUGGUGGAUGUGACCACCUGUGCAUCAUAACACAUGCAUCAUCUGGUCUAGGCUACCGCUGUGCCUGUGAUAUUGGAUAUCGCCUCAACACAGAUCAGCAAAAAUGCUCUAUGGUGGCAGAGUUUUUGAUGUAUUCGCAACAAAAAUUUAUCAAGGGACAAGUAUUGGAUCCUGUUUCUGAGAACUUCAAUGAUGCUAUCAACCCCAUAGUAUCAAAGGCUGCAAGAUUUGUGGGACUCGAUUUUGAUUAUCGUAAUGAUUACAUCUAUUACUCUGAUGUUAGCUUAGAUGUAAUUUACAGAGUGAAGAGAAAAGGAACAGGUCGUGAAAAUUUAUUAGCAUCACAGAACGAAGGUGUAGAGGGUCUGGCUCUGGACUGGGCUUCUGGAAAUCUUUAUUACAUUGAUAGUAGGAAAGGAACUCUGAAUGUACUGUCCACAAAGAAGCCAGAAUAUAGAAGAGUCUUGCUUACAGACCUCAAGCGUCCCAGAGCCAUUGUUGUGCAUCCCAACAAAGGGUUUGUUUUCUACUCUGAGUGGGACCGUCCAGCCAAUAUCAGUCGUGCCUAUCUCGAUGGCUCGAAUGUCAUGGUGUUCCGGAAUGUUUUGCUUGGAUGGCCCAAUGGUCUUUCAAUAGAUUAUUCUACAAAUCGUAUAUACUGGUGUGAUGCACUUCUGGAUCAUGUACAGCAUGCCAAUUUGGAUGGUACAGAUGUCCAGACCAUCAGCUCUCAGAGCAUCAGACAUCCAUUCUCCCUUGUUAUUUAUAAUGAUUGGCUGUACGUGACUGAUUGGCGUCGAGAUGCAAUUCUGAGAAUGAAUAAGACUGAUGGUUCCCAGGAGAGAACUGUAGCACAGGUUGCAGAGAGCAAUCGUCUCUAUGGUAUUCGCAUCUACAGUGUCAAAGCACAGGAUAUUGCUGUUGGGCACCCAUGUUAUAAUAAUAAUAACAACUGUGAGAAAUUCUGUUUCCCAGUGCCAGAUGAAACUACAGGAAAUCUUAAGGCAAAAUGUGACUGCCCCGUAGGUGAAAAAAUUAACUCUGAUGGCCUGACUUGUGCAGUUGAUCCUGAUGCCGAACCAAUGGAUCCAUCAUGUGCACCUUGGGAUUUUACUUGCUCCAAUGGUCGUUGUAUACAGAAAACUUGGGUGUGUGAUGGUGAUGAUGAUUGUCUGGAUAACUCUGAUGAAGAACAGAAUUGUACCGAGGCUACUUGUCGUGAGGAAGAGUUCCAAUGUGGCUCCGGAAGAUGUAUCCCAAACACCUUCAAAUGUGAUUCAGAUAAUGACUGUGGAGAUUUUUCAGAUGAGACCGGGUGUGUUAAUGUCACAUGUGAAACCUCAUAUUUCCAGUGUGACAAUGCCCGCUGCAUCCCAAUGAACUGGAAAUGUGAUUCUGAGAAUGACUGUGGUGAUAGUUCUGAUGAAGGAGAUUUUUGUGCCAACAAAACAUGUUCUUACUUCCAGUUCACUUGCCCCAGCACUGGUGCUUGCAUACCACAAGCUUGGGUAUGUGAUGGUGACAAUGAUUGCUAUGACAAUAAAGAUGAAGAAGGUUGUCCACCUAUAGCAUGUACAGCUGCUCAAUUCAAAUGUAAUAAUCAAAAGCAGUGUAUUCAUGAAUCCUACAAAUGUGAUGGAAUCCCAGACUGUGAUGAUGCUUCAGAUGAACUAGGAUGCCCCACUGUUGGACCAGAUGAGUGCAAUGAUGAGAGUCAGUUUAAGUGUGAGAAGUCUGGUAUAUGUAUCCCAAAGAGCUGGAGAUGUGAUGGCACUUCAGACUGUGAAGAUUCCUCUGAUGAACCUAAUACUUGUGGACAGGUAACUUGUCCCAGCAGCCAUUUUCAGUGCAAAAAUUCCAGAUGCAUAUUUCACUCUUGGUUAUGUGAUGGUGAGAAUGACUGCGGUGAUGGCUCUGAUGAAGACAAUGAUCAAGCUUGUGGAAAGCCUGCCUUCAAAUGUGGUGCUGGGAUGUGGAUGUGUCAGGAUGUUCUGGCCACUUGUGUCAACAACAGCCAAGUAUGUGAUGGCAAUAAAGAUUGCCCUAAUGGGAUAGAUGAAGGACCUGGGUGUAAUCAAAAUGACUGUGAUGGUGCAGAACUUCAGUGCUCCGUUAACUGUAUGCAGACACCAAAUGGUCGUCAGUGUAUAUGUAAUAAAGGUGAACGAAUUAAGGAGGGAAGUGAUACGGAGUGUGAAGACAUCAACGAAUGUGAUCCUCCAGGCAUCUGCUCUCAGACAUGUGUAAACAAGAAAGGCUCAUACAUUUGCUCAUGUGCUAAAGGAUACUUGUUAGAUUUUAAUAAGGCAACUUGUAAAGCAUUAAAUCGAUCACAGGCUUUCCUGGUAAUGAGCAAUCGCCGUAGCAUCUUGAUAGCUGACCUACACCAGCGAAACUUAGAGCGAGUACCAGUAUUGGUGGAAAAUGUUGUUGCAACGGCCUCUGAUAUGAAGAAUGGCACCCUCUUUUGGUCGGAUAUGAAAGUCAAGCAGAUUGUAAAACUGGAAAAGGGCGGUCAGCCGGAAGUGGUAAGCUAAUGUCAUGUUAUUUGU